CGACGUUUCAAAAUUUUCCCGCCAGUCGCGCUAGAAUCGCUCUCAUGAGUAUUCACCCCUCCCGCGCCACCUAUAGGUUCGCCGGGCUGGACGAACCGCUAGUCGAGUUAGUACGACUCGUGACGUCGCGGAAGUUGGUUGUUUGUUUUGUGGUGUUCCGUUUGUACCGUUUCGUCGGCGAUGUGAUCGGUUUUAAAAGUGACGUGCGUUUUUUCGUACACAUUAUUUCGCGUUUUAUAGCGGUUUGACGGUUUAUCGAUAUAUCGAUAAUCUAUUAAAUGUAAACGCGGGGAACGCGGAAUACGUCCAUUUCCAAAUUUUGGCGUUAGUCGGUAUCCAUCACGUUCUCUCGUUACAAUUCCAUCAUUUACCUAGCUGAUCGGCUAAAUUUUUGGAAAAGAAUCGUCCAAAAUACAUCGAAAUUCGUCUAUAGUGUCUAAUUGAAGUUCGAUAUCUAUCGAUGUCGUUACAACGUCUUAAGUCGAAUUGCAAUAGUAACGUUCCUCGAUUCUUACUUCCGCGUUCAGAGUGUGGGAACAGUAUAAUAAAACGACACUUGAACACGUUUGAUCAUCUCAAUUAUUCGUGCUUCUAGUCGGAUGGUCAAUGUUUAACGGCCGUGUCAAGCGGCUGGUUAAUUAAUUGCGUGUUAUACGAUCGGGACGACUAACAUUCGUCCCGAAUAUUUAGACAGGAGGCGUUACUAUUACUUAGGCUUCGAAAAAACGGCAUUACGAUCUGAAGUUGACGCAUUAGCGGUCGUGCGCGCGCGCGUGAUCAGUUAUUCGAGUGUAAAAGAAUUUACGUCGUUACAAACGCGAUUCCUACGGCGAAAGUGAGCGACGGUAGUGUAGUAAGAGAGGAGAGUGGAUCGCAAAUAGAGAACAGAAACACGGAGGCGAGUUUUUUCACGAGAGUCUUGGAAUCGGAGUGUUUCCAAUCGAGGACGAAAGAAAGAAGGCCGGUAAAACAUGUCGAGGCUGUUGAAAGGCGAACCGACGGGCGGUUAUAUCAUUGACUCUAUCGCAGAUCAUCGAAUGUAUUAACCCGGCCGCAAAUGACGCGUAUCGUGGCGUAAGCGAAGAAAAAAACGGUGGCGGAGGACGAGCACUGGACAUACAUUGGGAGAACAGUUUUUUGAUCUAACCAAAGAAAGAAAAGCAGGCCAGGCAUCGUGCCUCCCACUGCCUACCGGAAGUCAUAUGCCCAUACACGCGCGGAAAACGGUAAAUCAUCGUAGAAGCCAUCGGCUAUAACGAGCGUACACGUUUAUUUUGCAUUGGACCGAAGCACGCCUGCCCCUUCACCUCUGUUCGUUUUGUUUUCCUUGGUUCGCCUACCGUCAUUGUUUCGUCUUUUUUUUCAGCGUGCAGUUUUCGAGGAAAUCGAAAUGGUCGAGCUGUGCGGAAGCGGGCAACCGACUUCAGCGAUGGGAGUGAUGGGGAUCGGUUCGGUGGUGUCCGCGGCUACGUCGUCCUCGUCCUCGUCUACGACCACCACAGCAGCCUCGUCCUCGGCGUCCGGACGUGCCGGGGUCUUAGAGACGCAAGUUCGUGGUCAGUGGUAUCGCGUGUUCGUCUCGUUGGAGGACGAUUAUCUGAGCAUCUCGUUGGACGAGAGCUGCGAGACGGGCAACAACGCCCUGAACAACGGUAACAUAAAUAACAACAACGUGGAUAGCCUGAACGAUCCGGACGUGCCGGACUCGGUGGCCAAUCAGAAACGUAUCGUGCGCGUGGUGAAAAGCGACAACAACGGUCUCGGGAUCUCGAUCAAGGGUGGAAAAGAGAACAAAAUGCCGAUCUUGAUCUCGAAGAUUUUCAAGGGGAUGGCGGCGGACGCGACCGAGCAGCUGUACGUGGGCGACGCUAUAUUGGCUGUAAACGGGGAGGAUCUACGCGAGGCGACCCACGACGAGGCGGUGAAGGCGUUGAAGAGGGCCGGCAAGGUCGUCGAGCUCGAAGUGAAGUAUCUGAGGGAGGUGACACCGUACUUCAGGAAGGCGUCGAUCAUCCAGGAGGUGGGAUGGGAGUUGCAGCGCGGCUUUCUCAGCGCGACACCACCGCCCCCGAAAUCACCACCGCGAGCGGAUACGCGUUAUCUGCCGCUCCAACUCUGCAGACUAACCAGGGCUCAUCCUUCCUCGGAUCCCGAGGGUCGAAUCCUGGAACUUCAUUCCCCGGACGGAGUGCACGAGUGCUGGUUGAGAGCCGCGGAUAACGCGGAGGCGAACGUGUGGUUCAACGCUCUGCACUCGGCUCUAGCAGCUCUCACACUCAAGGCGCUGCGACUGGCGUCCGCGCUUCCGGAUCCGCCGCAGCUUCAGCACAUCGGCUGGCUAGCGAGGAGACACUGUCUUCAGAACGGACGUGCCAGCAGCGAGAGCAGCGAGGACGGAGCCGGGAGCAGCGCGAGCACCUCGCGAGGAGCGGGUAGCGGGUUCGGCCUCGGGGGUGGAUGCACCGGGGGAUGGCGCAGCGUGUUCGGGGCCGUCUCGAGCAGGGAGCUCAGGCUGUACGAGUGCGCCCCUUGGAGCCCGGAAGCUUGGGCCUCGCCGAGCAUAACCUGUCAAUUGAUCGCCACCAGAUUGGUAUCGUCCCCCGCGAGGCAGAACGAGGCAGGUGGUAGCAGCGGCGGCGGAGCGACGCAACACGCGGCGACUUUCGCCGUGCGGGUGGGCACGAUGGACGGCGUGGUGACGCAUCAUCUACGCGCCGAGACGAGGAGGGACCUGGCCGCCUGGGCCAGGGCGAUCGUUCAAGGCUGCCACGCGGCCGCUCAUUCGUUACGCGAGUACACCGUUCGGUGCACGUGGCAAGGGAAGGCCUGUCAGCUGGUUGUAAACCACGAAGAUGGUUUCGCGUUGUACGCGGCUGGGGCUAGAGGCGGUGGCAACGGGAUGAGUCCAAGCUCUUCCCCGACCCCUCUUUGGAGAAGAUCCUUCGAUAAACUGAAAAUGUCCGCUGACGAUGGGGCGCGUCUACUGUGGCUCGACUUUGGCGGCGAGGAUGGCGAGAUUGAGCUGGACCUCGAGAGCUGUCCCAAACCGAUCGUGUUCGUCCUCCACAACUUCCUCUCGGCCAAGAUCCACCGGCUCGGGCUGAGCGCAUAGGGGUACGAGGGGGCCCCCACGGAGGCCCCCGACCUGCCGCCCCACACCACCAGGUCCGUCACCAGCGUCUUCCUUCACUGAAGCUCUGCGCGCCAGACACAACGAGGAGGAAGAGAGAAGGGUGGCAGGCAGGAUACGAGAGAAGAACGAAGAACGAGAGACCCACGCAUCACUCGACGGACCAUAACAGAGAGACACGUUGGCCGGCUUCCACCUUUUUAUUUCCAUCCGGAGAUCGCCACGAUUCCCUGAUUCCUAUUAGGGGAUUAAAACUGCAGAUUAGCAACAAGCGCGCUCUUCCACAUUCGAUUCUACGAGCGAGAUGCGUUUAAUAAGGACGAAUCUCUCCUCGAUGGAAAAGACGGGAAGAGAAGAGUGUACGAAACAAACGGAUGGCGAUCGAAGAAAAAGAGAGAGAGAGAGAGAGAUAGAGAAAACGAAUCGAAGUUAUUCUAACGCGCAAUUUUGCAGGAAAGUAUCAGCACGUGCAACAAGUAGGCUAGAAGGAAGCGGAAGGAAGGUCACUGCUGGGUAUCGUAACUAAUCAACGCGCCUAAGUAACCGAUUAAACUUAUCUACCUAAAGUAAGAGGAAGAAAAAAAAAACGCUAUGUAACGAACGAGAGAGAAAGAGAGAGAGAGAGAGAGAAAGAGAGAGAGUGAAUGGUGGGUGUAUUUAAGAGAAAGUGAAAAAACUGCUCCGAUCGAACGCUCGAUUUCGGAGAACUAGCGGAAAAGCUGAUCAAUUACUGUCCAACUGCCAACCCGUUUCGCUCUUACAUCGAGGAUCGAUUGACCCUGCAACUUCGACCUCUCUCCCCUUGUCCCUUGCCGCUGCACGCCAACUUUCCUCCUCUCGGGUAUAAAUAAAAGGGAGAAGAAAAUAGAAGGCGAGGAGGAAGGUUGGGAGAAAGAAUAUACGUUAAAGUUGUCGCAUCGAGGCUCUGCAGCAAACCUUUCCCCUAUAACGUCCAACGAAAGCGACUUUAACAGAGUUGAACGUUGAUCUUAAUGAUUAGUGAAUUAAUAAUAAACGAAAUUUCACGCGAAACCAUUUUCGUUCCAUAUUUAUGGAAUAUAUAUUUAUGAUAUAUAUAUGGAUUUUCUUACUCGAGUGAAUUAUUUAUUUCACUCGUCAACGGGUUUCUCUUCAACGAUCCAUUCCGAGAGAAAUUCGAAAAUCUCACGAUUUUCAAAAAUAAAUUUCGAGUUACGAAAGAAUGGAAUGAUAAUAGUGGAAAUUUCGUCGGGGCGGAGAGGUUGGAUGUGGAAUAACAGGGUCGAAGGGAGCAACGGGCUAGCGUUAAUAGUUGUUUUGUACGAUUCGUAUUCUUAAACGCGAGUAAGUGUAAGAUGCCAAGAAACGUCGAUGUGUGUACCGGUUGGCCGCGAUCCCAAUCGAGUGGGAUAACUCGAGAUCGAUUCUCGUUUCCACGCCUCCCCUUCCAAAAAUUAUUUCCAUCUUCUUUCGUAAAACUCGACCCCCUCCCGACAUCCGAAGUUUCACAUCCGAGCAAAACUCUCGAAUUGUAAAUAUAAGCCAUCGUUGCAACUCACCCAACCCGCCCAAUUCCGAUAAUAUCGUUCCACGUGCCGUGGGUGUCGCAAAAUCGAGUAACAAGCCGGAAAACACUGUGGAGGAACGAAGGUGAGGUCGAUUCGAGGAUCGAAUUCCCAUCCUGUAUCGAGUUAUCGCACGGAAGGGGAUGCAAAUCGCCGCGGAAUUAUUCGCAUUACGAGUGCUGUUGCGAAUAUUAUCGAUGACGAGAGAGAGAGAGAAAGAGAGAGAGAUAAGUGUUGUUCGUGUAAGAAUGGAACAUUCCUUUUCAUCCGUUCUAUAGAGACCGAUAUUCGAUCACGAUCCUCGAGAAAAGAGGAGAGGAGAGGAAGGAGAGGAGAGGAGAGGAGAAAGAUUGGUCGAAGGAGGCCGUGCGAUAAUAAGAAUUUUGACGUUAAAUAGAACGUAUCAACGAAUCCACGUAACGUUCAUUGUACCCGUUUUACGUCGUUUGCUGAGUUGUCGUUCCUUUCGCGGAAUGAUGAAAUUAUAUUGAAAUGAAAGAGGAGAAGAUCGAUUUCGCAAUCUGUUCUCGCGUGUGUAUCAACGUUAGAUUGGGACGAUGAUAGAAAAUUCGUAACGUUGAAUAGUUAGAACGUCUUCGAUUUUAAGAGAUCGAAGGAUUGUUUAACGUUGAAUAGUAAUUCUGAUCGAAUCGAUUUUGAAUUGUAGAUUCGCGGUAGAUGCGAUAUCCGAUGCGAUUAAUUUCGAUGUGACCGCUCUAUUAAGUUCUGUUUUAACGUGGAUCGUUGUAUAGAUAGGAACGAGCGUGUGUAUUAUCCUUUCAACGACGCGUCAUCUCGAGAUAUAUUUUAAAAAUAAUAUUUUUCGCGCGAUUUUAAAUUAAUAUUUAUUUAAAAUUUUACCACCGAUUUUAAUUAUUUAUUUAUAUAUAAACGAAUUUGCAUGAUUCGUAAUCAAGAUCAUAGCCAUCGGAAAACGUCUAAGCGACGAAGCCAGAAUCCGGAAAAUACGCUCGAAUCAACGCCUAUUACCGUUAAAAGCCGGUCAAAACUUGACGUAAAAUCAUCGAUCACGGGAAAUCGACUUAAUAAAUAUCGCUUGUCAAAGGGUAUUUCGAACGCAUCCAUCGUUUAACGCGUUAAAACGAUGGGAAAAAAGCCGUGUAUCCGAAAGUGGCUCGAAUGAGCCGCAUUAUCCGCCAAUUGCAGCGCGAUCAAAAACAAUCCGACCCAGUUUUUACCACAAAUUUCGCGCCCAUUAUCAAAAUUGCCCGGACGCCAUCCCAGAGAACUCAAUUUCACGGAACGAAUGUGUCGUUCGUGGAUGAUUGGAGGGUGGUGGUGGCGCGAGCGGGGUUGACUGGAUGACACGAAAAUGGAAUGGAGAGAUCACGGUGGUCGGUUCCGUCGCGACGAAAUGAAAUUAUACACGGAUCGAAAUAAUGAACGAUGCUCGAAUUUUCCACGUUUAUUCCGGCUCGAAAUUCGUGUGAAACGCGAUACGGGAGAAUUCACCUGUCCUGUCGUAUCGAAAAACCGAGGACCCUAUUUCCAAAUGGAAAUUACCGAAAGUAGAAAAACCUGUAAAUGAGCGAACACGUCGAGCGAAUUAAUCGAACGAUUUCAUCGUCACAGCGAAUCCCGCGAAAGGAACGCGAGAGCGUUACAAUACACACGCGUGCGAAAACACACACGUACACAUACGGAGAUAUAGAGGGGAUAGGGAAGGGGAGGGGAGGGGGGAUAGAAGGUACAUUCGCCUGGGUAACGAGGUGGACGUCAUUAAGCGCGAGGAUAAGUUCGAAACAUCGACGAGAAUUAAUUCAGUUUGAAAGGAUUUGCACGUAAACUGUGUAUUUUUCUAAUGAUUUUAGAACGCGGCCGGUCACGGCUCGUUCAUUCGUUUUUUAAUCUUUUCUUUUUUUUUUUCUCUCUAUUUUCGAUUUUCACCCCUCUGAAAGAUCGAAUCGGGGGUGAAACGGGACACACGGUCCUCCUGCGUUUUCAUUUCUCUAUAGGUUUAAGAGAACGUUAACGUGUAUAUCUAUGAGUUACCAAAUAAAUGAG